AUCCGCCAUUGCAUAAGGUUCUUGUGUGGCGUUCGAAGCGAUUUUUCGAUUAAGAUCCAUUUAGGAACGAUGGACCCGGGGAUAGAGCCCUAACGACUGCUCCCCAAUUUCACGUCUUCCACGUUUUUAGUUUUAAGUGAAGAGUUUUCGUUUGCACCGAAGACUCGGUGUGUGUCUGAGGAUGAGCAAACGGAAGCGAGCCAGUUCUGUCGCUAGCAGAGGCCAGGAAGAGGAUUCUUUGGAUGGUAUUGAAGCUUCUUCCAGUGGGGGACCACCCAGAAAAAGGAGUAGGAAGCAAGAUCCGGCUGAACAAAUUCAACAACUUUAUGAGUCAAUAAGGAAUCACAAAAAAGAGGAUGGGACGCUUCUUUGUGACUCUUUCAUUCGAGUUCCAAAGCGGAGACAAGAACCAGCUUAUUAUGAUGUUGUUUCAAACCCAAUUGAUCUCUUAAAAGUCCAACAAAAAUUAAAAACUGAUGAAUAUGAUGAUGUUGAAGACCUUCAAAGUGAUAUUGAGUUAAUUGUAUCGAAUGCUAAAGCUUUUUAUAAAAGAAACUCGCAAGAAUAUAAGGAUGCUAAUGAGCUUUGGGAUCUUUUUUUAACCAAUAAAAUGAGGAUUAUCGACGAACUUGAUACAAAAACCAAGGCGAUUUACAGGGUUACCAAAUACACAAGACGACACGACACAAAAGAACACCCCUCAGACCACUCCGAAGAUACAUCAGAAAGUUCCACGAACCAAGACGACGACUCAAACCUUUACGAAGAAUUUUUCGCGGCGAUUAUGGGAGCGACCGAUUCGGAUAAUCGGCCGAUUCACGCCGAAUUUCAACUUUUACCUUCGAAAAAGAAAUAUCCCGAAUAUUAUGAGAUUAUUGAGAAUCCGAUCGAUUUGAAAACGGUCGCGACGAAAAUACAACACGGUGAAUAUGGAAGUUUAUUAGAAAUGGAACGAGAUUUAUUGGUUAUGACGAAAAAUGCCUGUUUAUUUAACGAGCCGGGAUCUGUAAUUUAUAAGAAUGCUAAAGCGCUUAAAAAGGUUGUUACGAGUAAACGAAUCGAAAUCGAACAUUCAAAAUCCUCGGGUGGUAAAAGUAGCGAUCGAAUUCGCAGUAAACGAUUGCGAAGUAGCACUUCGUUGUCUGCUGUUAAUAUUACGGCUGCUUUACAAGAUGAUGAUUCAGAUGAGAAUGAUAUGGAUAUGGAGGAGUCGAUGGAAGAGGAGAGUGAUGGAGUUGAAGGUGAUGAUCCUCAAUGGCAAUUAUUCCAAGCUGUUACAUCAAUGACGGGUCAUGUAGGGCAAUUAUUAUGCGAUCCCUUUUGGCGUUUACCCUCAAAAAAAUUUUACCCAGAUUAUUAUAAAGAAAUUAAAAAUCCCGUUUCAAUGAGUCAAAUUAAAAGAAAAUUGGUUAAUAAAUUGUAUGGAACUGUUAGUGAAGUUGCAGGAGAUAUGACGAUUAUGUUCGAAAAUGCUAAAAAAUAUAACGUUCCAGCCUCUAAAUUGUAUAAGGAUGCGGUCAAAUUACAAAAACUUAUGCAGGCGAAGGUCCAAGAACUGCUUGAGGUUGAUCAGGUAACGCAACAUAAACAGACUAACAGACACAAAAAGGACACGGAUAGUGAUGCUGAAGAACAUUUAAUUCGACGGAGACCGUUAUUAAAACCAAAAACUCCAAUGGGAUAUAGUCCUGGGCGUGUUGGGAGGCCCCCAAAAGACUCAAUUCCACUCAAAAGGAAAUUACAUGCUAUAGCCAAAUAUUUAUUAGAUUAUACUUGUGAAGAUAGUAGGAAAUUAAUGUUGGGUUUUAUGGAAAAACCAUCAAAAAAACUUUACUCAGAGUAUUACGAAAUUAUAGGUGAACCAAUAGAUUUUCUCGACAUUGAAAAUAAAAUUCGUGGUGAACAAUACAAAAAUGAGCAAGAGUUGAUUAAUGAUUUUAAAUUAAUGUUUUCGAAUUGCCGGCAUUUUAACGAAGAGAAUUCAACAAUUUAUGAAGACGCGAAUUUAUUAGAAAAAGCUCUUUUAGAUAAAUUUGGUUAUCUAUUACACACACCAGAAAAAGAAAAAAAGAUUUAUAUACGAACUCCAAAACCAAGAAAAAUAAUCACCCCCACCGAAAGAAACUGUAAAACUUUAUACGAUACAAUCCGAGAUUACCGAGAACCAAAAGCCAACCGACAAUUAGCAUCGAUUUUUAUGAAACUACCCUCAAAAAACGAAUACCCCGAUUAUUUCGAGGUAAUCAAAGAUCCAAUUGACAUGGAAAAGAUUUUCCACAAACUCAAAAGUGGCAUUUACGAAACGUUGGAUGAUUUGGUGCUUGAUUUCGAUUUAAUGUUCGAUAAUGCGUGUAAAUAUAACGAGCCCGAUUCGCAAAUUUACAAAGACGCCCUAGUUUUACAAAGAAUUUGUCGCCAAACGAAACUACAACUCAAAGAAGAUGACGAUACCGUUCCGGAUGUUUCGGCCGCCGUUCAAGAUCUUUUAUUAAGCUUAUUUACCACGUUUUAUAAUCAUCAAGACGACGAUGAACGGUGUUAUUCGGAUUCAAUGGCUGAUUUACCUGAACAUGACGAAAUUGAUGGAAAAAAAGUUCGAGCUGUUUCAUUAGAUUUAAUAAAACGUCGUUUAGAUAAAGGAAUGUAUAAACGUUUAGAUACAUUUCAAGAAGAUAUUUUUGCAUGUCUCGAUCGAGCAAGGCGUUUAUCGCGGUCGGAUUCGCAAGUUUUCGAAGAUUCAAUCGAAUUACAAUCGUUUUUUAUAAAACACCGCGACGAAUUAUGUAAAUGUGGCGAGCUUUUACAAUCACCCGCUCUUAGUUACACCUUAAUGCACUUAACGGCCGCCGUUGAAUCGCUACGGCAAAGCAAAAUGUUACAAGAAUCGCUCGAAGAUGAGAACGAAACGAGAAGUUCCGAUGAUUCUGUGAUAAAAGAAUCAAACGCAAAUUUAGGUGAAACGAUGGUUUGUAAUCAACAAACGUUUAAAGUGGGCGAAUUUGUUUAUUUGGAUGCGAAAGAGAAAGGUUGCGAGCCGCAUAUUUUAUUGAUAGAGAGGUUAUGGACGAAUAACGGUCAACAAAUGUUGUAUGGAAAUUAUUAUUUAAGACCGAUUGAAACGUAUCACGUUCAAACUAGGAAAUUUUUGGAAAAGGAAGUUUUUAAAUCCGACACUCACGUUGCGGCCCCACUUGAAGAGGUGAGAGAGCGUUGUUGUGUGAUGAGUAUUAAACAGUAUUUUACGAUGAAACCCGAAGUUUUUGAUGAUAAAGAUGUUUACGUUUGCGAGUCGAGGUAUAGCACGAGAAGUAGAAGCUUUAAAAAAAUUAAACUUCAUCCAGAUAUGCAAAGUUAUAAAUUAAUUCCAAGAGAUGUUCCAAUUGAACCAAAAAGGGUUAUGUCAGUGUUUAGAGAGCGCGUUGAGAAACAUAAAGAUGAGUUGGCUGAGUUACAAGAACAGGAGAAAUUAAUUGAAAAGGAAAAACCGAAUGUUGUGGCUUUUGCUAAUAUGAAUAUCGAUGAUGGAAAUACUUAUUAUGAACAAUACAAUACAAUAUGUAGUGGGGUUGUGAAAACAGGCGAUUUUGUAUAUGUUGCUGCUGAUGGUGGACGACAAAUGAUUGCUCAAAUCGACAGUAUAUGGGAUACAAAAGACGGAAAAUGUUAUUUUCGUGGUCCUUGGUUUAUAACCCCAGUGGAAGUACCUCAACUUCAAAAUAAACCUUACAAAAACGAAUUGUUUCUGUCAACUUUAGACGACACACAUCCGCUUGUUGGGAUUGUGGGGAAAUGUUCUGUUUUGGAUUAUAACGAUUUUAUAUCCUCUCGCCCGACGGAAAUUCCCGAACAAGACGUCUACAUCUGCAUUUCUCUCUAUGAUGAGAUCAACCGACAGAUUAAAAAGCUCCCCAUUGAAGGAUUAAAGAAGUUUAGCCAUAGCAAUGCAGUCACGGAGGACGAAAUUUACUACUUUCCUAAGCUGAUUAAUCCAAUGAAGAGGGACAAUAUCAUCGUCUGCGGAUCGAAGGCAUCCAAAAGUAACAUUAUUAUGGAUAAUGAACCAUCCCCUGUCCUAACAAAAAUGACGGAUGUCGAUAUCCUCAUGGAGGACUCGUUGGAUGGUGGUCCCCCUUCCGUUGGUUCUGGUGAGAUACCGGUAGUGAUUCCGAGUACUUCCGCUACAACGGGAACUGCAACCACGACUCCAGCUACAGUAAAAAAGAAGUUAAACAAAAACAAGGUGGUGACCGGUUACAUUUUGUAUUCGAGGGAAGUGCGAAAAUCGAUCGUUCAGAAUAAUCCGGAAUCGAAUUUCGGCGAAAUCAGUCGAAUCGUCGGUAACGAAUGGCGCUCUUUGGCCACCAGCGAAAAACAAGCUUGGGAGGAACGCGCCACGAAACUUAACGAAGAAUCUAAAGCGGCGUUCGUUGAAGAUCAAUGUUCAAGUCCUAUUGUAAAUAAUCCGGAUCAUAUUUAUGAAUGUUUAUGGGAUAAUUGCGAUUUCCAAUUUGAAGAGAUUGCCGAUUGUUUGGAACAUUGCGUUAAGGAUAAAGAUAGCCAAGGGCACGUUCAUUCGUAUUUUCAAGUUAAUCCUGAUGCAGAAUUGCAUUGCCAGUGGAAGAAUUGUUUGAGAAAUAACAAGAAAAAUGUCCAACCAUUUCCAAAUUUGGCUAGGUUGGCUCGUCACGUUCGCGAUAUGCAUAUAAAUAAGGGCAAUGGGAGGAUUGUCCCAUCUCAUGAACGCAGCAAGAAUUACAAGAGUUCAAGUAAGGCAUCUUCCUCGAUUGCUCGGCCACCCCAAACCGCAACCCCAACCCCUCCCGCUAGUAACACAUUUAAUGCGACCAAUGCUGGGAAUAUUGCGACGUCAACUAGUUCAGGUUCACAAGCAAGUGCCCCUACAUCACAAAAACAACAAGAACCGAUUUUUAUUUCGGUUCCACCUCGACCUCAACGAGUUCUCCAUUCAGAAGCUUAUAUUAAGUAUAUUGAGGGUUUAAACGCUGAAAAUCGUUACAUAAGCCCAUGGGAGAAAACUUUAAAUGCUACACAAGAAAACGUACCUCCACCCGAUCCGGAAAAGUUACAUUCCGUUGCCACGUGGUUAGGAAAUAAAGCGAAUCAACAAGAAAACGUUUUAAACGCUUUGUGGGCGUUAAGAAAUCAAUUGUUGAGGGAUACAUUGUGUCUUCAGAAGACUUUAUAAACAAAAACAAAAACGUUUUUCCAUUUUAAUUAUUUUAUUUUAAUUUUUAAUGGUUAUAAUUAAUUUACAGAUCUUUAUAAACUUAGAAAUUACAAUUUUGUGACUAUUUAUAUACAAAUAUGGGGCGCACCCGAUGCGCGUUAAGUAGUUAAGAGUUAAGAAUAAUGUUUUAAACUGAAAGUAUUACGUAUGUUUUCUGUGAAAAAUGAGAAAAAGUAGGAGGGUAAGUAACUUCUUUUGUUUAAUAGUAAUAAAUGAAAAAUAAAAGGAACAUAAAUUUUAA